AAUAGGCGAGCUGUAUGUGAGAAGAUCCCUUCACUCGAUCAGACAGAGGGUAUCAUACACAGAUAUCUGUUCAUGCGGUAGGUUCAGCGCAACAUCAUGGACGUACUGGAUGUCCUCAAUCUGGGCGAAAUUGCCCAGUAUUUCUCGAAAAUGGCGAUGUUUCCAGUUUUCGAUCUCGCUUAUUAUAUCGUGUCAAUACUCUACCUCAAAUACGAGCCAGGUGCCAUUGAGGUGUCCCGUAAAAGUCCAGUUGCCUCCUGGCUUUGUGCUAUGCUGUACUGCUUUGGGAGUUACAUAUUAGCAGACAUCAUGUUGGGUGUGUCUCCCAUCGACUAUUUCCAUAACAACAGUCACAUCCUCCUGGCCUCAGCUGUCUGGUAUCUGAUCUUCUUCUGCCCUCUUAAUCUGUUCUACAAAUGUGUGGCUUUUCUGCCUGUGAAACUUGUGCUGGUGGCCAUGAAAGAAGUUGUCCGCACUCGUAAAAUUGCUGCUGGAGUCCAUCACGCUCACCACACGUAUCACCAUGGCUGGCUGAUCAUGGUCAUUACAGGUUAUGUAAAGGGGUCAGGGGUUGCUCUGAUGUCUAAUUUCGAGCAGCUGUUGCGUGGAGUGUGGAAGCCAGAGACCAAUGAAUUUCUCAACAUGUCAUUCCCUACCAAGGCCAGUCUGUAUGGAGCCAUUCUGUUCACACUUCAGGAGGCUCACUGGCUCCCUGUGUCUAAGAGCAUGCUCAUCUGCCUCUUCACACUCUUCAUGGCUACAACCAAGGUGUUUAUGACGGCCUGUCACUCUCAUGGAUCACCCUUCGCCCUCAUUGAGUCCUGGAUGUGCCACUUGCUGUUCGGUUCAUCUCUCGGUAGUGACGAUUCCCACGAUCACCAUCAUGCCGCACCGGCCACUACCCCUGUGCCCCUCUCUCUGGCCAAAACAAAGGAGGAACUGAGUGAAGGAACCCGUAAGAGGAAGUCAAAGAAAGCAGAGUAGAGCAUCAACACAAAAUGAUCCAAAGAACCUGUGAUAUAACAGAUGGACUCAGCUCUGUUUUAGAAAGGAGGAAAUUAAUGUUAAAGCAAUGCAAGGUUCUCUUUCAACGGUGCUUUUAAUGACAGACAUGCUACAUAGGGACUCUGUAUAUAGCUUCCCAACAUCAGUGUCUUUAUUUAUUUUUCAAUGUUUUCCAUCAUUUUUCCCAUUUGCUGAAGUACUGAAGUAUGUUAUGAACAAAUGCAUGAAUAAAUGAAUGAAUGAAAGGCAGUGAGAUGUAAAUCUGCCUCCAUUAAUUUGAAUUCAGAUUUCACCGAAGGGUCCAUCCAAACGACUUGAAGAAACAAAGUAAAUCAGAGUUUGACUUCCCACUUCCACAGCACACUGCUGCUUUUUAAAUCCAGUGGCAUUGAAAAAAUAACAUAUUUUCAAAAAUAAAUAAAAGUAAAUUAUUUUUCAGCCAGAAA